ACAGGGGAAACAAAAAAAAAAAAAAAGCUGGAAGUUUUUUUUUAAAACAAUGGCGAUUUUAUCAGCGAGCUCUUCUUCUACUAUCGUGAGAGCUGCUUUAGAUACAACGCAGCCGAAGCUCCGAUACAAUCCUAAUGCUCCGAGAAAUGUUAAGAAAACCCCUAAUUUGAGUUCUUUCGUACCACCUCCGUCUCCGUCGUCAUCAUCUCCGGCGACUAACUUAACAACUGAAGCAAGCGUCUCUGUUUCUGAUUUGCUCAAACGCCCCGCAAGCAAAGACAUUGGUGAUGGAUUUGAUGAUGAUGCUUCUUGUAUUGGAUAUGAGAAAUGGUUUCCAAGUCCACCAAAAGUUGAGAAACCUAGAUCUGUUUUCAAUGCUGCCUCUUUAGCUUAUAUUGGCGAUUCAAUCUACGAGAUAUAUGCUCGUCGGCAUUUUCUUUUCCCUCCACUUAGUAUUGAAGAAUAUAACGACCGUGUUAGAGCAGUGGUUCGAUGUGAAGCACAAUAUGCUUUGCUGCAGAAGCUUGUUGAUGAUGAUUUCUUAACGAAAGAUGAAAGAGAUGUACUUCGGUGGGGAAAAAACGUAGGCUCGGUUAAAACACGGUCAACUAGGCGUGCUGGUGUUGCCGUUUACAACAAGGCCUCAUCAUUGGAAACACUGAUUGGGUAUCUGUAUCUAUCAAACGGGAAAAGAUUGGAAGAAAUGAUGCAGAAGCUAGGAUUUUCAAGUGGUUCUUCAACAGAGAGAAUGAUUAAGGAGGCCAAGCCUAAACUAUCUUUUAAAUAAACUAUUUUGUAAUCUAGUUACAUGCAUAACUUUGUAGUCUGUAUGACUGUAUGAUUGAAAAUGUUUUGAAUAUAGGAUCCAUUCAUCAAAACGAUACAAAGAUUUGGUAAA